AUGUGUGCUGUCGCUACUCCAAAGCACAAGUGGCCACCGGCCCCUCGUGUGGAGGACGAGCAUGUUGCCCGCUCGUACGAAGUGUCGGAUUCUUCUCUGUCCUCAUACAUUGAAGACGAUGACUCUGUCGUAUCGAGAGGAACAAUCGACCAGUGGCCCAUUAUAUUACCAGUGGAGUUUCCGGGGCCUUGCAACCAGUCAGCCCAUCAUGAUGAACAUAUAAUGUCAAGAAAGAAUGCCGCAACAAAGGAUAUGCCAGUUUACAGGAAAGCCACGGACAAUACACCACAUACAUCGUCACUCAAACGAAGCCAAUCAGAAAGGAGACCUACUAGUAGGGUCCGAUUUUCAGAGCCUGGAAGAGAUGAACAUCCUAGAGUUAGAAUGGGCCCUGUCCCAUCUAAAGCUAAUAUGAAGUAUUCCACGGAUCCCGAGGCCACUACUACUGCCAAUGUCACUGCCACUGGAAAGGAUGCCAUGCCAAGCCAAAAAUCUAACUCCAGCUCAAGAUCUCAUCGUAAAUCGGUGAUUCAGGGCCCAGAGGGGCCUCAAUCACAAGGGGCUAACUACUCACUAGGGUAUACAGCAGCAACAUUUCAGCAUCCAGCAGCAUCUCACAAAUACGCUGCGAUGAGCUUGAUACCGAAGCGACUUUCAGAUGCAUGGAAAUCUGUUCAGCGAUUUGAUGUCUCGAUUGAUGGUGGUGAGAGAAGGCGACACCGCCGUCAGCAUGUCGGGGAAUGGUAUAGUGAUGACGAGGUGUUUGCCUCCCACAAGUCGAGAUAUUCGCCUCCAGUCGUCGACGAACCUGUUAGAAAAGCAACCCAAGACGCCAAAUCGAGCCGAAGAUCAAGGAAAGAUGAUACCACAGAAAAGGCACCACGCCAACGAGGUUCGAGCCGUCGUCGAAAGCCCAUAGCUACGGAAGAAAUGUAUAGCUACAUCCCUGAGACCAGCUCUGGCAAAGGGAAAAGCUCCUCUCGCUCCGAGAGACGCCGUAGCAGCAGCUCGCUACCUCGCUUAGAGCGGGCAAAUCUCGAUAUAUGCUCCCAUCAAUACCAAGAGCCAACAGAUGGACACUUCUCUGACUCAAUGACAAAGCUACCAGUUACGACAAGUGCGCCACCAUAUGAAGGAGCUCUCACUCAACAUCAAACCUUCCCUCCUGUCACUUUUAGCCCCACUGGUCAAGACUACAACCCCGAAGGAUGGGAGUACAUUUCCCCUGCUCCUUGCUAUGAGUGCAACGGACAUGAUACGUCCUGGUCUGUGCCUUCUUACCUACCCGCGGUUGACAUGCCAAUCCAGUCUCCGUAUAUAGGGUACCAGGAAAAUGCAAUGACAACUGCACCGGCACUAAGCUCAGCCCUUGCUGGACAAGAGACUACGAGCCGUGGUGCCGUCAAACCUCAUAGACAAGUGUCACCAAGACGUCGUUGCGAGGACACUUCUGCAUUGGCCCCUUGCCCAAGGUCAAUUGCCAUAGCUGAUUAUAAUGACUGGUCAACCAUAGUGGGCUUGACUCAUAUGAACAUCUGCCCAUCCUGCACUCAGCAGAUUCAGAAGACUCGCUUCGAAUCACUUCUCAUUCCGGCGCCUCCUCAGCCCCUCGGUCUACCAGUGCGAUGCUCCAUGAGCCAACCAUGGGCACGACUAGCAUGGGUUCAGACGAUGAAGCUCGGCUUGAAUCAUCUUGAAUUGCUCUACCAGCUCACUCGGCCUUCGUCAAUCUACAAGAGUUGCCCUGGUCGCACUCCUUCCACCCAAACAUGGUACAGAGUCAUUGAUCCAGAUACCGGCAGGCUCAUGCCUAACUUCAAUGCAUGCGCAUCAUGCUUCCGCAAUGUCAGAAUCCUCAUGCCAUCGCUACGUGAUUCAUUCCAGCCAAGCUCGACUUCACAGGAACGGACUUGCGACCUUCGCUGCGGCAGCACUCGCUUCAUCCAAUACCUCGACCUCCUCGAUGUAGCAGCUACCCGCCAUCGGCAUGACCCAAGCCAUAAGCCGGACCUACGAGACUUUAUCCGAUACGCCAAACGCAAGAACCGCCUAUAUGACUGCCCCCGUGACCACCUCGUCGUUGGCCCCUGGCAUGGCAUUGAUGAGUUACCCGAAUUUACUAUCUGUGAGGACUGUUACGAUGACGUUGUCUGGCCGUUCGGUAACAGCCCUGUAGCGUCGCUGGUAUCUCCAACCGUUCAAAUGACUCCAGACAAUACCGCUGUAGUAUCCCGUCAGGCAUCAUGCCAGCUAUACAGCCCACGAAUGAGAAUGAUGUUCCGUGAAGCUGUCAGGCGUUCGGACUUUGGCUACCUGAGGGCAGCAGUCUUGGCUCGAUACCAGGCUGAGAAUGCUUUCCGUGAGAACAAGCAACUGCUUAUGGAAGAUGUUUCAUUAGGUUAUGAUCGUGAUGCCGAACUGAGGAAAAAUGCAGCUGAAUGGAGACGUUGGGAAUGA